AUGAAGAGCUUGGCCAAUGGAUUAGCGGCAAUCUACGUUUUGCUGCACUGCUACGUGUCAGGAUCGGUGCCGAAAAAUGUCGCCACGUUGCAGUCCAGUGGUCCGUUCAUGAGUUUGCCACGAAACUUUUGGCAGGAGAUAUCGGUGCCGUACACCGAUCUGCCCAGCGAGGAUGACGAGCAGGAGGAUGAGUCGGUCGAGAGCACCACACACGAUCCGUACCCAUUUUUCGAUGACUCCAACAUGACCACCAACAAUGUGACCACGCAGCUCGGAAGCGACGUCUAUCUGCACUGCCGCGUUAAUGAUCUGCGCGAGCGAACGGUGUCCUGGGUACGCCGAAAGGGUGACGAAAUCCAUUUAAUCACCGUCGGCCGACAGACGUACAGCAGCGACUCGCGCUACUCGCUCCAAUACCAGCCACCGAACGACUGGCAGCUGCUGAUCCAGUACUCGAACGAGCGUGACGAAGGCCACUACGAGUGCCAAAUAUCAUCCUACCCGCCGUUGGUCUAUCUCGUGUAUCUGAUCGUUGUUGUACCAAGGGUGGAGAUCAUCGACGAGAGGGGCCAGGCAACGCUGGACAAAUUCUACAAGGCCGGCAGUACGAUCGAACUGAAGUGCAUCAUCAGCCGGGUGCCGCAACCGACCAGCUACGUCACCUGGAAGCACGGAAUGCGAAUGCUCAACUACGACACGAGCCGCGGCGGCAUCAGCGUGAAGACGGAUCUACUUCCCGGAGGCGCCAUGAGUCGGCUCUACAUUGCCAACGCCAAUCGGUACGAUUCAGGCAACUACACUUGCGCGCUGGCCGAUAUUGCCCAGGCCAUGGUAUCAGUGCACGUUUUGAAUGGAGAGAAUCCUGCCGCGAUGCAGCAUGGUGGGGCGGCACGGUUGAACCAUCAGGCCCCCAGGAUCGCUGCCCUCAUCAUGCUAACGGCCAUCACGCUCCGCAGCCGGUGA